AGCCAUGGUUGUCCGAAGUAUUUAGUUAUUAUUACUAAAAGCUCUGCACUGAAGGUAUAUAGGCAGGAUGGUUAGUAACCUAAUGAAGAAGUAUGUGGGUUUAGUAGUACUGCUAAUUUGCGCAAUACUGGCUCUUAAAGAGAUUGCUCAGUUCGUCAGUCCCCCCUGCAUCAACUCUCUCAACUUCACUCUCACCACUAUCAACACAGAGCGAUCCAGCCGGAGACAAGAUCACAUGAAGAUACCCUCAGAAGUUAUUAUAAAAUUAGACGGUAAAGCUAAACCGCAGCCGCUGAGCGCUGUUGCCAACCAAUACAGUGACACUUUCACAGGAAACAGGUUAAAGAUCUGGUUUGGUGGUCGCUGUAUUGAUGCAGAUGAUGACAAUAAAGAACUUACAGUUGCCCACUGCAAUCCUGACUGGGAACAAACCUUUAGUUUAACGGCGGAGGGUAAACUGAUUCACGACCCGUCGGGAAAGUGUGCCGCUCUCAAUAAAAAUAAACUUUAUUCACUAAAUUUAGUGGAUUGCGAAGAGGGUAUGAUAUUCAACCUGUUUAAUAACUCCUUCAUCAGAAGUGAUAUAGGUGGCAGGACAAUGUGCAUCUCUCCUACAGUCCAGACAGAUAUCCGCCAAUCUAAUAGAUUCACCUGUUUGAAUGUCCCUGUUGCUUUGACGCCAUGUCACGAAGAGGAUUCACGAAUAGAGCUUAUCGAGGAAUCAUUUUUCUUGUCGGAGAGAAAAACUUUCAAAGACACAGUCGCCCCGUCAACCGGGUCAUGCACUUUUAAAGCAUGCGGACUGAACCCCCCUGUCAAAGCAGUGGAGAUGUUAAAACCUCUCUUUUCCAUCAGAUGUAAGAAAGUGUUUGAUUGUGUAACCGUGGUAACAAAGACAGCGAGAAGACCUUACCUUGUCAUGAGGCUUGCUAAAUCUAUCAGGGACAAAAAAGGAUAUGAUCUAAGGAUAAUAGCAUAUGACGAUGGUCCUAACGACUACCCAAAAGAAGUUUGGGAUGAUAUGAAAGAGUACCCCUUCCUUCAGUAUAUGAUAGGGGAGAGUGAUGAUAUGGGCAUCUCACUAGGCAGGAACUUGGCUCUCAAGAUGGUAAAAACUAAGUAUUUCCUCCUGGUGGAUGACGAUCAUGUAUUCAACGAUAAGUCUAAUCUUGACAAGAUGAUAGAGAUACUCGACACAACGGACGCUACCCUGGUUGGAGGCAAGUUUGAAGGGUUUAUGAAGUUUGCGGGAGCGCUGAGGUUCGGUAACUACCACGGGAGAGAAGAAUUUGCUAUUUUCAGCGGGCACUGUGACAGAAACCUCACCAAGUGGGGGUGCGAGCAGUGCGACUCCACCAGCAACAUCUUCAUGGCUAAAACUCAGCCUGUAUUAGAGAUAGGAGGCUGGAGCGAAGAGUUACUGAUAGCAGAACAUGCAGAUUUCUUCGUAAAAAUGAAAGCCGUGGGAAAUAAAAUAGUGUACUGUGACGAUAUAGAGGUUAUAAAUCAACAGGAGACUCCGGAGGAACGAUCCAAAAAUUAUCAAAAACUCAGGUACGAUAUGGGGAGAAAGAACAGGAUGUUCCGAUUAAUGAACGCUCGUUACAACGUUAACGGGCUGUUCUGGUGUUCAAAGUACGAAGUUGUAGAAGAAACUCAAGAACUUAAGUGUCUGGAAACAAAACACAAGAUUGGAUACUGCUAGGCUUUUUGACCAGAUACCAAAAGCCUGCCCACAUUUAUAUAUCACAAAUUGAGAGAUCAUUUUUGUGGGGCAGAAAACCGAUAUUAUCAUCAAUAUUAUCACCACUAUAGUCCGACUUUUGACUUCGAAUCUGGAAUCCCAAACUUUUUUACAAAUUGUAAUUAUUUCGUUAAUAUUAAUAACUUUCAGAUAAUAA